CAGGGUUAAAUUCACUAUAGUUUCAAUUAGAAACAUUCAAAUGACCAUAAAAACUAAAAUGAAAAUACUGUGGGCCACAGUUUUUUCAGUGUCCAGGUUUUCGUAUAUGGCUCAACAUUGUUUUCCUCAUCUAUAACAUUAUAUAAUAAUUAUAUAUACACAAUAAUGAAUAAUAUAUAACAUGCAUUUUGACAAAAAUAGAUUGUGACAAACAUUUGUGUAACAUAAUGUAGUGUAUCAAAACACAGGACAGGCUUUAACUUCUCUAAAGGUUUAAUAAAGUUUUGUUGAUUUCACGUUUUUGGAUUUGAAAAUAAUUCUUACUUUACCGGGAAACUAUUGCUAAAGUUAAAUUUGGAGCUAGCGCCGGCUAAACACUUGCACCUGGCAGUGAUUGAGAGUAGGGCUUGUUGCUUAGCAACGAAAUGCGCAUGUGCGACAGACACCAGCGGCCAGUGCACGCAAGCUGUAAGCUUAAACUGUUCUAACAUGUGUAAUAGAUAAUGUAGAGUUUCUAGAGCUGUCACACGUGCGUCUUCUCUUAUUCGCGUUUGUCUGAGGGCGAGUUUGCGGCGAAACAAUGGCCGACGAGGAGAGUGAGCCUUGUUUUCUUGCGGACGUCAGAGUUAAGUUUGUCGAGGAGAAAGUUUGCGGGCUGCUGCGGCUGCGACGUGAAACUUGGGCGAAGAGCGCGGUCCACGAAGACUUCCAGGCAUUAAUGAGGAACUUCUUCGAUAAGGAGUCCGUGAUAUUCUUCUCUGUGUCAAACCAAGGUCGCCUGGUUUCUUUUAAUGAGGUCCCACGUGCUGCUCAAAACAAGCAAAUCUACAUCCUCAAGAAGAGAAAUGGUCCCAUCAGCUCUCACAACUACAGGGAGCUGCUGCUCUUUGGCCUCCAGUCUCCAUCACCAGUGCUGCAGGUGACGACCACCGUUCAGCAGGUGUGUGUUCCACUGCUGUCAAAUAACAGUAACCAUCAUACGUGGCCAAAUCUGAUGUCCGAAGACCUCCUCCGACAUGUUGAGAGCAUGUAUCAUAAGACAUCGGUUGUACAGGGCCAGUUUUUAGGAAAGACUGUUCUCCCAAUUCCAAAGGCAACAGCUUGGAUGGAAAAUUCAUGCAAUACCUUGUAUGGCCACUAUGACAGGGCACUAGCCCAUGCCAUAGAGUCACAGGUAAUUGACUGGACCAAUUUGAUCCAGAAAGUUUUACAGGAAGAUUCAUCAGACUUGUUCAUGAUGGGCUGUAAUCCAGUUCCCAUUAAAGAACUGAAGUUUUGGUCCUCCAGGAAGUGCAAUAUACAGAACAUUUAUAAUCAGCUUCAGAGUCCCAGUGUUCAACAGAUGGCAGUGCUACUGGAGAUGAUGGAUAGCAGCUAUCAUCCCACAAUCAACAAUUUAAUUGGAAAUGUGUUUCAUGCACUACAGGAAGCCCAGGACAUUGACCUCCAUCUGCAGCCACUAUGUAAAGAACUAUCUCAACUAGAAAGGGAGCAGUUUAUUCACUUCACAAAGUUCAUCCCUUCAUUGUUUCACACACUCUUCCUGAUCUGGACAAACUGCCUAUCUUACCAAAAGCCAGCACGCUUUGUCGGGUUAUUGCAGGAACUCUGCAAUCUGCUCAUUGAACAGGCUUCCAUGUACCUUUCUAAAGAUCUCUUACUCAGAGAAGAUGCAGAGGAAAGUCUACAAAUGGUAAAGAACGUGAUAAAGGUCUUCAGACAUUUCACAGAUUGUUACCAGACCCAGAGGAUGAGGUUAGCCAGCCAUGUGAAACAUGCACCCUGGGAUUUCCCAUCUGUCAUGGUUUUUGCACGUUUCAACCAGUUCCUUAAUCGUAUGCAACAACUGGAGGACUUGUUUGAAAUCAUGCUUGACUUCCAGCGCAUGGAAAAGCUAGAGUUUGGUGGUCCUAAAGGAAAACCCUACAGCCAGCGCACUGCUGAGAUGUUCAAAGAGUUCAGUACUUCCUGCCAAGUUCUGAAGCACAGUGAAAACAACACACUUGACCUAAAAUCUCAGGUAUUUGAAAAUGAGUAUAAGGCUUUCAAAGCCUGGCUUGUGGACUUUGAGUGCCGCCUUGCUAGCCUUCUGUGCUCGGCUUUUAAGGAUUGUUCAGGACUGGAAUCGGUUUUAAAACUUGUAACUAUUGUUGCACCAUUCCUGAAGAGAAGACAAAUUAGACAGAUAUUCAGCCCCAACUUCCUUCUGCUGCAGCGACUGUUGAGAGAAGAGCUGGAAAACUGUAAAUGCAUAUUUAAUUCACAACUCAUUGAGAUGGAGAGAGGUUUGACUAAAAACAUGGCUCACACCUCUGGAGCUUUGAAGUGGGCAAAAAUGCUCAGGGAACGAAUCCAAACACCAUGGGAAAAGGUCAGAUUACUGUCUGACAUUCCUGGAGGUUUGGACAUGGUAAAGGAGUGCCACAUGUAUAUGGAGAUGUUAGGUCUUUUGGACCAGUAUGAGAAGGACAUUUACUCCAAUUGGUGUAAUAGCUUGAAAGAGGAAUGCCUGAUCAACCUGAACCAGCCACUUAUCUUGAGAGAUGCCUCAUCUGGGUUGAUCUCAGUCAACUUCAAUCCAAAGCUGUCUGAAGUCUUGAAAGAUGUGAAGUAUAUUAAACAUUUCAGUGAGAUUAAUAUCCCUGAUGUUGCAGUCACUGUCUUUGAGAAGCGUGACAUGUUUACAAAGUAUGUGAGCAAUGUGCAGCAGUUAGUACAACAAUACAAUCAAGUCAGACAGACAGUGCUAGAGGUAGAACUUCCUCUCAUCAGAGCUGAGCUGGAAUCCAUAGACCUGCUAUUGACGAGGGCUGAAACUGACCUGACGUGGCAGCAUCAGGAUUGCUGGAGCUUCGUUAGGACCAGUAAAGACGUGGUCCAAGACCUCGCAUGUCGUGUCAGUAAAGCCAAGGAAAACUGUAAAUCCAUUCAGUCAGUUAUGAAGGGAUGGAGCAAACACUCCAUGUUUUGCAGAAAAGACAGCAAGAAAGGCUCACUAAUACAGCUAGAAGACAGAAGAGAUCACGUCAACAAGAAGUACAACAGCAUGAAGCAAGAUGGUGACUAUAUCCAUGGGCUGAUACAGGAGAAUAAGGUCCUUUUCAAUGCUGACCCUUCUUCAGAAGUCUGGCUGUCUUACCUGGAAUACAUAGACGAGAUGGUGGUGGAUGGGCUCUACAGCUACAUUAGCCAAUCUCUUUACUUUUUUGUGGACAACAUGGACUCAUGGCCUAAGCAGGCCCCUCUGUUUGAAGCUCAGUUGAUGCUGAGUGGCUCUGGAAUGUAUUAUAUUCCAUCACUGGAGCGAGAUGCAGCGGAUGGCCUCUAUGAUACAAUUGAAGGACUGGUCGGAGAUAUAUUCAAAACUUCAGUAAAUAUCAGCAGAGUGGCUGCUCAUAUGGACAAGGAGAGCUACCAGGAUGUCAUGAAUGACAUGUUGGAGUUGUUGGACCUGAGACAGGAAAUAAUGGAGCGAGUAGAGAAUGUUCUGGAGAUGGCGAUACAUUACAAGAGAAAGUUUGACUGCUUCACCCAUCUGUGGCAAAACGACAGGGCUGAAAUCCUCAGCCAGUUCCUCCUGUGUGGACGUGCACCUCCAAUGGAUGAGGUAGAGGUAUAUAGAACAGAUGACCUGCCUGAGAGCCCACCCACAAUAGAUGACUUCAAGAGACAGAUAGAUUUUUAUGAAGAUCUCUAUGCUGAAAUUUCCAACCUUGAAGACUUGAGAGUGUUCAGUGGAUGGUUUCGGGUGGAUAUAAAGUUAUUCAAAGCCAGCCUUCUUAAUGCUAUAAAGAAGUGGAGCUGGCUUUUCAAAGAGCAUCUGUUGACACAUGUCACUAACAGUCUUGAUGAGCUGCAGAAGUUUGUUCAAGCCACUAUUGAUGGGCUUGGACAGCAUGUGGGUAAAGGAGUCCAGCAGAGCUUGGUGAGAGUUAUGGGUCAUCUGCUGGCUGUCAGAGAAAGACAGGAAGCAACAGACAGCAUGUUUGAGCCCCUUCACGGUACAAUAGUCCUUUUGGAACGGUAUGGUGAGACCAUACCUGAGCAUGUCUACUCCUACAUGGAGGAACUCCCUGAGAAAUGGAAUGAGGCUAAAAAAUUGGCCUUAAAGGUGAAGCAUGAAGUGGCCCCCUUGCAAAAUGAAGAAGUGGUGAUUUUACGAAGGCAAUGCAUGGCACAUGAGGUGAAACAAAGCACAUUUAGGGAGAUGUUCAGAGCCACUGGGCCCUUCCGAUACCAUGCAGUGAAUCCCUACAUUAGUCUGGACAAGUCUGAAAAAGCAAUUCAAGAUUUGGAGAAAGAACUAGCAGAGCUUCAAGAAUCCACAAAUCUCUUUGAUGUUACUGUCCCUGAUUACAAAGACAUCAAGCUUUGCAGAAGAGAGAUCACCGUACUCAAAGAACUGUGGGACAUUGUUACAUUUGUGCAGAGCAGUGUGGAGAAUUGGGGAAAGACCAAAUGGAGGCAGAUAAACGUGGACCAGAUGGAUGCAGAAUUGAGGAGGUUUGCCAAGGACAUAAGGAAUCUUGACAAAGAGGCUCGUGUUUGGGAAGUGUAUUCUGGGCUGGACCUCUAUGUAAAGAACCUUUUGACGUCCUUGUGGGCUGUAAGUCAGUUACAGAACCAGGCAGUACGAGAACGACACUGGGCGCAGCUAAUUAAAAUAACACAGAUGGACUUCAUUGUGACGGACAGCACCACAUUGGAAGAUCUCUUGGCUCUGCAGCUUCACCUAUUUGAAGAAGAUAUUCAGAACAUUGUGGAUAAAGCAGUUAAAGAAAUGGCCUUAGAGAAGCUUGUUACAGAAAUAAGUUGCACAUGGGCAUCAAUGGAGCUUUCUCAUCAACAUCAUUACCAAACAUCUUUGCCACUGCUUAAGUUUGAUGAGGAGCUUAUUGAAACUCUUGAGGAUCACCAGGUUCAGCUCCAGGGCAUCUUUCAGAGCAAGUAUGUAGACCACUUCCGGUUCCAGGUAAUGGAGCUACAAAAACAGCUGACUGUGGCUGACUCUGUGCUCACAGUCUGGAUAGAGGUCCAGAGGACGUGGGCUUAUCUAGAAAGCAUCUUUAGAGGCUGUGAUGAUAUCUGCCAACAGCUGCCUCUGGAUGCACACAGAUUCCAGGCCAUAGAUGCUGAAUUUCAGGAGUUAAUGUUGACCAGUGCUCAGACCAAAAAUGCCAUUAAGGCGACCAACAAACCUCAUCUGCUUGAGAAGUUAGAGGAUCUACAACAGAGGCUCAGCAUGUGUGAAAAAGCUCUUGCUGAAUAUUUGGAGACAAAGAGAUUAGCCUUUCCACGAUUCUACUUCAUUUCAUCUGCAGACCUAUUGGACAUUCUCUCCAAAGGCAGUCGCCCCAGAGAGGUAACUGUCCACCUCUCAAAACUAUUUGAUAAUAUGUCAAAUCUGGAAUUUGCAAACAAUAAAAUGUUGGAUAAUCCUAAAACUGUGGUGGGCAUGUACAGCAAAGAGAGGGAAUAUGUCCCACUCCAGACCAGCUGUUGCUGUUAUGGACCGGUAGAGGCGUGGCUGACCUGUCUGGAGGAGUCCAUGAAGGAAUGUGUCAAGGGUUACGUAUCUGAGGCUGUGUGUGUGUAUGAGGACAGACCUAGAGAGCAGUGGAUUCUUGAAUUUCCUGCCCAGGUGGCUCUCAUUGGAUCUCAGAUCUGGUGGAGCAAUGAUGUGGAGCUUGUAUUUAAAAGACUGGAGGAGGGAUUAGAGUCUGCUCUAAAAGACUACAACAAGAAACAGAUUUCCCAACUUAACUCACUGAUCAGCAUGCUACUGGGAGAGCUGAGCUCAGGAGACAGACAGAAGAUCAUGACUAUUUGCACAAUUGAUGUUCAUGCUAGAGAUGUUGUUAGCAGCCUCAUUGCACAAAAGGUCACCACCUCCCAGGAUUUUCAGUGGCUUUCCCAGCUUCGACAUUGCUGGAAUGAGCAGCAGUGCAACUGCUAUGUAAAUAUCUGUGAUGCUCAGUUCCUUUAUUCGUAUGAGUAUCUUGGAAAUACGCCACGUCUGGUGAUAACUCCUCUUACUGAUCGGUGCUACAUCACCUUGACUCAGUCACUCCAUAUGACAAUGAGUGGAGCCCCUGCUGGGCCUGCUGGUACAGGAAAGACAGAGACCACUAAAGAUCUGGGCAGAGCCAUGGGCAUUAUGGUUUACAUCUUCAACUGUUCUGAGCAGAUGGACUAUAAGUCCAUUGGAAACAUCUACAAAGGUUUGGCCCAGACUGGAGCAUGGGGCUGCUUUGAUGAGUUCAACCGCAUUGCUGUGGAUGUUCUGUCAGUUGUAGCUGUGCAGGUCAAAACUAUACAAGAUGCCAUUCGCUCUAGAAAGCAAAGGUUCUUGUUCCUCGAUAAGGACAUUGCCCUCAAGCCCUCUGUGGGGAUUUUUAUCACUAUGAACCCUGGCUAUGCAGGGAGGACUGAGCUGCCUGAGAACCUCAAGGCUCUUUUCAGACCCUGUGCUAUGGUGGUGCCGGACACUAAGCUUAUUUGUGAGAUAAUGCUGGUGGCAGAGGGCUUCCAUGGAGCUAAGAUUUUAGCCAGGAAGUUUAUGACUCUGUACAAUCUGUGUAAAGAAUUGCUGUCCAAGCAGGACCACUAUGACUGGGGUUUGCGUGCUGUCAAGUCUGUUCUGGUUGUGGCAGGGACUCUGAGAAGAAGAGAUAAGACAAGACCAGAAGACCAGGUUCUAAUGCGUGCCCUAAGGGACUUCAACAUGCCCAAGAUUGUGACAGAGGAUGUGACUAUCUUUUUGGGUUUACUGGGAGACUUAUUUCCAGGCCUGGAUGUGGAGCGAGAGAGAGACAGUGAUUUUGAAAAAGCCGUCCGAAAAACCACACAGGAGCUUCGACUUCAGCCUGAGGAGCCAUUCAUUCUAAAGGUGGUGCAAUUAAAAGAACUCAUGACAGUGCGUCAUUCCAUAUUCGUUGUUGGAGAUGCAGGAACCGGCAAAAGCCAGAUAUUGAAGGUUCUUCAUAAAACAUAUGUGGGUUUGAAGAAGAAGCCUGUAUGGAAUGACCUCAAUCCAAAGGCAGUAGACAGAGAUGAAUUAUUUGGAUUCAUCCAUCCUGUAACUCGAGAAUGGAGAGAUGGUUUACUUUCAUCACUGAUGCGAGAGCAGGCAAACAUCUCCCACCACGGGCCUAAGUGGAUUGUGUUGGAUGGAGACAUUGAUCCAAUGUGGAUUGAAUCACUCAACACAGUGAUGGAUGACAACAAGGUCUUGACUCUGGCCAGUAAUGAACGCGUGUCACUUACACCUUCCAUGCGACUGGUGUUUGAAGUAGGUCACCUAAGGAUGGCCACUCCUGCUACUGUUUCCAGGGCAGGAAUCCUUUAUGUUAACCAACAAGACCUGGGAUGGAACCCGUACGUUGCCAGUUGGAUUGAUCAACGAGAACGCCAGACAGAAAGAGCCCACCUCACCAUACUGUUUGAAAAAUAUGUUCCUCGUUGUCUAGAGCAGAUAAGAAACACCUUCAAAACCAUCGCGCCCAUCACAGACAUCUCUGUGGUGCAGACACUCUGUACCCUGCUGGACUGCCUUCUAACACCAAAGGAUAUUCCUUCAGACUCUCCACGUGAGCUUUAUGAAACCUACUUUGUCUUCGCUUGCAUCUGGGCUUUUGGUGGGGCUCUAUACCAAGAUCAGCUCAGUGAUUAUCGAGUAGAGUUCAGUCAAUGGUGGACCAAAGAAAUGAAGACUGUGAAACUACCGACACAAGGGACAGUGUUUGACUAUUACCUUGACCCUCAAACCAGACGGUUCCUGCCCUGGACUGAUACUGUGCCACAGUUUGAAAUGGAAACUCAUAAACCAUUACUGGCUGUUCUGGUACACACAGCAGAGACUGUGCGUCUCCACUACUUCAUGGACUUGUUGCUGGAGAGGAGACAGCCAGUGAUGCUUGUGGGGAAUGCUGGAGUGGGAAAGACUGCACUUGUCAGGAGCAAGUUGGACUGCCUUCCAGAGAGUUACAUGACUAUAAAUGUACCCUUCAACUACUACACUUCCUCCCUCAUGCUGCAGGGAAUUCUUGAGCAACAAUUAGAGAAAAGGGCUGGCAGAAGAUACUCCCCUGUAGGCAACAGAAGGCUGGUUUACUUUAUAGAUGAUAUAAAUAUGCCAGCUGUUGACAGUUAUGGAACAGUGCAGUCUCAUACACUUGUUCGCCAGCAUCUGGAUUAUGGGCACUGGUAUGACCGACACAAAUUAACAUUAAAGGAAAUACAUAAUACCCAGUAUGUUGCCUGUAUGAAUCCAACAGCUGGAAGCUUCAGUAUCAACCCGAGGCUACAGCGACAUUUCUCAGUGUUUGCAGUGAACAUCCCGUCUCCUGAGGCCCAGAAUACAAUCUUCAGUCAGAUCUUGAGUGGCCACUUGAAACAGCACCUCUUUAGUCUACAAGUGCAGAGCAGUGCCGCAUCUGUGGUCCAGGCAGCCGUAACUCUUCAUGACAAGAUGGUUCACAGUUUUCUCCCAACAGCCAUCAAAUUUCACUAUACCUUUAAUUUACGAGACAUGUGUAACAUCUUUCAGGGAAUUCUCUUUGCCAGGCCAGAAAAUGUGAAAGACAGCACUGAUCUGGCACUAUUGUGGAGUCAUGAGUCCUGCAGAGUCUACUCUGACAGACUUGUGGAUGUCAAGGACCUGCAACUGUUCCAGAAGCUCCAGAUAGAGACUGUGCACAAAUGCUUUCAGGGACUGAAAGACAAAGACGUGACAAAGCUGCCCCGUCUCUAUUGCUGCUUUGCCCAGAGGGGUGAGGGAACCUCCUAUUAUCCUGUCACAGAUUGGUGUGUGCUCAGGUCCAUCCUCACAGACGCCCUGGAGAGCUACAAUGAGCUUAAUCCAGCAAUGAAUCUGGUUCUGUUUGAAGAUGCUAUGGAACACGUCUGUCGCAUCAGCCGUAUUCUAGAGUGUCCAAGGAGUCAUGGCUUACUGAUUGGGUUCGGCGGCAGUGGGAAGCAGAGCCUGACACGUCUGGCUGCCUACAUGUCCUCUGUAGAGGUCUUCCAAAUCACUCUGAGAAAGGGUUAUACCCCUCAGGACCUUAAGAUGGAUCUGGCUGCCCUGCUCCUAAAGGCUGGAUUAAAGAACCAGCGUGUGGCUUUACUCCUAACUGAUGCACAGAUACCUGAUGAGCGCUUUCUAGUCAUAAUUAAUGACUUGCUGGCAUCAGGUCAGACGCAAGUAAUAAUGAAUUUCAGUACAGAUAAAACAUUAAACAGACCUGCACUCAAGGACUUGCUUGUCUUGCAUGGAGAAAUUCCGCAGCUUUUCAGUGAGGAUGAGAUUGAAAGUAUUGUGGCAGGUGUGAGAUCUGAGGUCCGAGCCCUCGGACUGCUCGACACCAGGGAGAACUGCUGGAAGUUUUUCACGGAUCGAAUGCAACUACAGCUCACGGUAGUACUGUGUUUGUCUCCUGUGGGCAAUGUUCUUCAUGUUCGAGCUCGUCGUUUUCCAGCCCUCGUCCAAUGUACCACCAUUGACUGGUUUCAUCCUUGGACCUCUGAAGCUCUGCAGUCGGUCAGCUACAAGUUUAUCCAAGAGAUUGAAGGCAUUGAGCCUGCUGUCCAGGAAUCCAUCAGUCUUUUCAUGGCCCAUGUUCACACCAGUGUCAACCAGGCAAGUGAAAAAUACCAGCGCAAUGAGAAGAGGUACAAUUACACCACCCCCAAGAGCUUUCUCCAGCAAAUCUCCCUGUACAGAAACCUUCUGGAAAAGAGCCAAGCUCUGCUCCAGCAUAACAUGAAACGGCUGAACAGUGGCCUUCAAAAACUCCAAACCACUGCUGCUCAGGUUGAGCAUAUGAAAACCAAACUGGCAUCUCAGGAGGCUAGGCUGACCUUUAAAAAUCUGAAUAUUGAAGCUCUAAUUACAAAGAUUGGACUUCAGACUGAGAGGGUGAGCAAUAAGAAGGAAGCUGCAGAUGUUGAGGCACAAAAGGUGGCCAUCAUACAGGCACAGGUCUCAGUCAAACAGAAGGAAUGUGAAAAUGACCUGGCGAAAGCAGAGCCGUCACUCACAGCUGCUACAGCAGCAUUGGAUACCCUAAACAAGAUAAAUCUAACAGAGUUGAAGGCUUUCCCAAACCCUCCUCUGGCAGUGAUUAAUGUAGCAGCAGCUGUGAUGGUUCUACUAGCUCCUCGUGGACGAGUUCCUAAGGAUCGGAGCUGGAAGGCGGCGCGGGCCUUCAUGGGCAAGGUGGAUGAUUUCCUUCAAACCCUUGUGUCAUAUGACAAACAACACAUACCUGAAUCCUGUUUGACUGUGGUCAAACAACAGUAUCUGACAAACCCAGAGUUUCACCCUGAUCUCGUUCGAACAAAAUCUACAGCUGCAGCCGGUCUCUGUGCCUGGACCAUUAACAUCGUUAGAUACUACGAGAUAUAUUGUGAGGUCCUUCCUAAAAGACUUGCAUUAUCACAAGCUAACACAGACCUAGAAAUGGCAACAGCCAAGCUGCUGACAGUUCAGAAGAAGCUGACAGACCUUGAUGCCAGUCUCCAAAACCUUACAGCUCAGUUCGAAAAAGCUACAGCUGAGAAAAUCAGUUGUCAAGAAGAAGUGGCACGUACCAAACAGACCAUAGAUCUAGCCAACCGACUAGUCAAAGGCUUAGAGUCAGAGGAGGAGCGCUGGUCCAAGGCUGUCGCCCAGUAUGAGAAGCAACAGAAAACUCUGUGUGGUGAUGUCCUUCUUGCAUCAGCAUUUGUCUCGUACCUGGGGUACUUUACCCGGCAGUAUCGUAUGGAGCUUUUUAACAACUCAUGGAUUCCUUUUCUCCGGUCUCAGAGGGUCUCUGUACCCUUGACAGACGGCUUGGAUCCAAUCCUCAUGAUUACAGACGAUGCCACUGUGGCUGCCUGGCAUAACCAGGGCUUGCCAAAUGAUAGGAUGUCCACGGAGAAUGCUGCCAUCCUGACCACCAGUGAGCGUUGGCCACUCAUGAUUGACCCUCAGCAGCAGGGCAUUAAAUGGAUCAGAAACCAACUGGGGUCAGAGCUGAAGGUGGUGCAGCUGGGACAGAAAGGUUAUCUAGAUACUAUUGAAAAAGCCCUCUCCUGUGGCGAAACCGUCCUCAUCGAAAAUCUGCAAGAAAAUAUAGACCCGGUCCUGGAGCCUCUGUUGGGUAGAUGUACUAUUAAAAAAGGAAGGUACAUUCGAAUUGGAAGCAAAGAGUGUGAAUACAACAGUAACUUUAAACUGAUUAUUCACACCAAGUUGGCCAAUCCUCAUUUUCCUCCUGAGCUCCAGGCCCAGACUACUCUCAUCAACUUCACGGUGACUCCCGGAGGACUAGAGGAGCAGCUGCUGGGACAGGUGGUGUCCCAGGAAAGGCCUGACCUGGAGGCCCUAAAGAUGGAGCUCACAACACAGCAGAACAUCUUCAAGAUUGAGCUCAAGAAUUUGGAGGAUGACCUGCUGAGUUGCCUCUCUGCAGCUCGUGGCAAUUUUCUUGGUGAUAUUUCGCUGGUAGAGCAUCUUGAAAACACCAAGACCACGGCCACUCACAUUGAGUACAAGGUGGUGGAGGCCAGAGAGAACGAGACAAAGAUCAACGAGGCUCGAGAACUAUACCGCCCAGCAGCUGAGAGAGCAUCACUCCUCUUCUUCAUCAUCUAUGACCUCAGCAAGAUUAACCCCUUGUACCAGUUCUCUCUCAAGACCUUUAACUUCGUGUUUAACAAAGCAAUGAAGCAGGCGGAAUGGGAUGAGGACGUCAGGACCAGAGUGCACAUCCUCAUGGAGGCCAUUACCUAUUCUGUAUUCCUGUACAUCAGCCAGGGCCUGUUUGAGAGAGACAAGUUAACCUUCUUGUCACACACUGCCUUCCAGAUUUUGCUCAAGCAGGGUCUGAUUAAUGCCCAGGAGUUUGACUUCUUGUUGCGUUUCCCUAUGGAAUCUGGUAAAGUCAGCCCUGUGUCCUUCCUCUCUCCAAAUAUCUGGGGAGCCAUUAAGACAGUGUCUGCAAUGGAGAACUUUGCUGGACUGGAGCGAGACAUAGAGAGCUCACCAAAGCGCUGGAGAAAGAUUAUUGAAUCCACAGUUCCUGAAAAGGAAAGACUUCCCCAGGACUGGAAGAAUAAGAGUUCCCUUCAAAAGCUAAUAAUUCUUAGAGCACUUCGCCCUGACAGGAUGACUUAUGCUCUUAAGAACUUUGUGGAGGAGAGCAUGGGAACAAAAUACAUGAAUAUUGCCAGGGUGGAGUUUUGCAAGUUAUUUGAAGACUGCGGCCCUUCAACUCCUGUGUUCUUUAUCCUCUCGCCUGGAGUGGAUCCACUCAAGGAUGUAGAAAAACUUGGUCUGAAGCUGGGAUUUUCCACCGAGCAGGGCACUUUACACAACGUGUCCUUGGGCCAGGGCCAGGAGGAGGUAGCUGAAAGAGUUCUGAGGCAUGCCUCUGAACUGGGACACUGGGUCAUUCUCCAGAAUAUACACCUGGUGGCCCGCUGGCUGCCUUCUCUGGAAGCGUUUUUGGAGUCGGCAGCAAUGAACAGUCACCACAGCUAUAGAGUGUUCAUUACAGGGGAACCAGCACCUAGCCCGGAGCAGCAUGUAAUUCCCAGAGGCAUACUGGAGAGUGCCAUCAAAAUCACCAAUGAACCUCCCACUGGCAUGAACGCGAGUCUACAUUCAGCUCUCAACAACUUCAGUCAAGACACGCUGGACAUGUGUUCCAGAGAACAGGACUUCAACUCCAUGUGGUUUUCGCUCUGCUUCUUUCACGCCUGCAUUACAGAGCGCCGUAGAUUUGGUCCACAAGGGUGGAAUCGUAACUACCCUUUCAGCACCGGGGACCUCACCAUCGCUGCAAACAUCCUGUACAACUACUUGGAAGCUAACACAAAAGUGCCCUGGGAGGACUUGUGUUAUCUGUUUGGAGAGAUCAUCUACGGAGGACACAUCACAGAUGACUGGGAUAGAAGGCUAUGUCAGACCUAUCUGCAAGAAUAUAUGCAUCCAAAAAUGUUUGAAGAGGAGCUUUUUUUGUGUCUUGGUUUUCUUGCUCCUCCGUUCAUGGACUACAGCGGGUACCACCAAUACAUUGAUGAACAUCUCCCGCCUGAGAAUUCGACUCUGUAUGGUCUACAUCCCAAUACUGAGCUGGAGUGCCUCACUGUCACCUCGGACAACCUCUUGAGGAGUCUCUUGGAACUGCAGCCACAGGAUUCCUCCAGAAGAGAAGGGGCAGCUGACAGCACAGAGGAGAAGGUCAAGUCUGUCAUUGAAGACAUCCUCGAAAAGCUUCCUGAGAAGUAUAACAUGGCAGAGUUGAUCACAAAGACGGCAAAUCGAAAUCCCUACACUUUAGUCUGUUUGCAGGAGUGUGAACGCAUGAAUCUUCUACUAGCAGAAAUAAGGACGUCCCUUGAUGAGCUGGACCUUGGCCUGAAGGGAGAGCUCACCCUCUCUGCCAGCAUGGAGACUCUGCAGUCUGCACUCUACAAUGAUUCUGUCCCAGAGUCCUGGGCCAGGCUGGCUUAUCCAUCCACUAAAUCUCUGGCACUAUGGUUUAGCGACCUAAUCUUUGGCUGCCAUGAGCUGGACAGCUGGACCCAAGACUUUGUUCUACCUGCAGUUGUGUGGCUCCCGGGCCUUUUCAACCCACAGUCCUUUCUCACGGCUGUGUUGCAGAGCAUUGGUCGUAAGAAUCAGUGGCCCCUGGAUAAUAUGACUUUGACUGUGGAUGUAACAAAAAAGACUAAAGAAGACUUCGGACAUCCACCACGGGAGGGUGCCUACAUCCACGGACUGUUCAUGGAAGGUGCACGUUGGGACACUCAGUCUGGAGUCAUCUCUGAGUCCAUUUUAAGGGACUUGACUCCUGCCAUGCCAGUGAUGUACGUUAGAGCUGUGCCUGCAGAAGAGCGAGUUCUUAAAAGUACUUACAAGUGUCCAGUGUAUCGCACUAAGCAGCGCGGACACACAUAUGUUUGGACCUUCCACCUGCGAACCACACAUCCUUCUGCUAAGUGGACUGUAGCAGGAGUGGCCCUGCUGCUGUCUGUGUGACAGGCUGUGGGACGGGUAGACAGUAAGUGCUAAGGCAUUACAGGAUAAUAUUUAACUAAAGUAUUCCAAAAGCUGCAUAAAACCAAUAUUUACGGCUUGUAAAUAUACAGUAAAUUAUCAUUGAAGUAGUGCUGUUUAGUGUUUUUGCAUUUAAAACAAUAUAAGCAGCUUUAUCUUGUUGCGUCUUAUGCGACACUGUUGAAUCUCUGUCUCGAGAUGGUUCAAUCUGGUCAUGAUUUGUUGGGAGCUUAUGUCUCCAUCUUAGACCAUGUAAUUCUGGAUAAGGAGCAUAUUUUAUUGGAAGGUCAAGAUUAAAAAAGCUCUUUGGCUGCCCUCUCUGAAC